GCUCGGCCCCGCCCACUCGCCCUUAGGCUCGGAAGCUCCCCCGGGACCCGCGGCGUCCCAGAGGACCGGCCACUGAGCCUGUCACGCACGGCCUUGGGUCUGGCGCCAUGGACGCCUUCAUCCGCUUCGCCAACCAGACCCAGGGCCGGGACCGACUCUUCAGAGCCACUCAAUACACAUGCAUGUUGCUUAGAUAUUUGUUAGAGCCCAAAGCUGGGGAAGACGUGCUAAUGAAGCUCAAGAAACUGGAGUCUAGUGUGAGCACUGGCCGUAAAUGGUUCCGGCUAGGCAAUGUGGUCCAUGCUAUCCAGGCAACCGAGCAGAGCAUCCACGCCACUGACCUGGUGCCCCGCUUAUGUCUGACAUUAGCCAACCUGAACCGUGUGGUUUAUUUCAUCUGUGACACUGUCCUCUGGGUGAAGAACGUUGGUCUCGCCUCUGGCAUCAACAAAGAGAAGUGGCAGAUGUGGGCUGCCCGCCAUUACUACUACUUCCUGCUGCUGAGCCUGGCCAGGGACCUGUAUGAAAUCUCCCUGCAGAUGGCCCAGGUGACCCACGAAAGGGCAAAGGGAGGGAAAUCAUCAUCCAGGGAUCCUCUUAGGCAGAGCGUGGCUGAUGAGGAGACGGAAUGGCUCCAGUCCUUUCUUCUCCUCUUAUUCCGAUCCCUGAAGCGACAUCCUCCCUUGUUCCUCGACACAGUGAAGAAUUUCUGUGACAUCCUGAUCCCUUUGGACCAGCUGGGGAUCUACAAGUCCACUGUUGGUGUCAUUGGGCUCGGGGGUCUUGUGUCCUCGGUCGCAGGCAUCAUCACUGUGGUGUAUCCCCACCUGAAGCUGAAGACCUGCUAGGGCGGCUGCAGGCCAAGCUCCAGGGCCUGUUUUGAAGGCGAUGCCUUAGUGGAACGGGCGGGCAUUGGCAUUAGUCACAAACCACAUCAUACUGUGAUGAAGUUUUUGUCCACAUGAGUGUUCAGCAACCUAUAAUGUGAGCAGAGGCAAGGCCAAGAGUAGAACAUGAGCUGAGAUGUUCGUAAAGUGUUGCCUCUGAAUAUUUGCCCUUUUCUAACAUUUCCUGAGCAUCUCUCAUGCGUAGUAGGAGCUUAGUGUCUGAGGAAUGAAUAAAAAUUUAAAAAUGAUUGAAAAAGACCUAAUCAAGCUAAUAAGUGAACACUAGUGUGUAGUAUGGGCUGGGUUGUAUGGAUCGUUGGUUUCGCAUGCACCCAGCACUAGGAUCUGACUGGCAGUGGCCCCUUUUAUUCUCCAUCAUUUGUUACCCCCUCCCCUGAUGUUAGAGGAGGGUGAAGGUGAGCUGAGCUCGAGCCCCUCAUCCUGCUGGCCCUGAUUAUCUCUGCACAUUGUCAUUGCUGUGUCCAGAAGUAGUCUGAAAUAUGUCGGCACCUCUGUGGUUUACAGGUGUCUGUGGGCAGCAAUCUUUCAGUGAUGCAGUGAGUAAGCACGGAUCAGAAGUAGGUGAAAGGGACUUGAAGUGAAAGUAGGUGGAACAUUACAACAGUGCCUAUUAUGUAAUCUGUGAUGAUAGGAAAUUGAUUCUGGAAGACAGACAAAGCUGAGGUCAGCACCUCCUUCCCCUGACUCCUGGACAGUGGGCUUUCAUGAUGUCUCAUGGCCUUCGUGAUGGAGCAAAAGCCCUAGAAUUCAGAAUCCUGGGCUUUUUGCCUCUUAGCUCCCCAGGUUUGGAACUCUUGUUAGGGUUUUAUAUUCCAUUGUACAAAAAUUUAAAUCGUCUAGGUUUAUCCAGAUGAUUUUUUAAAUUUAAAUCCAUGUAACAGUUUGGGCGACUCCACGUUAAUUUCCAAGAAAAUGUAUACAGUUAAAAAUUUCAUGAGUAUUCUAUGAAUGGAGGAAGGUCACAAUUUUCGGUGAUAAAUCAGACUUUUGAUCCCUGGGGUGACGGGGGUUGGUGGGAAAGGGCAGUCAGGGGCCAGUGAUAUAUUGAGUCAAUGACUUUACCUGUGCUCUUCCCAUCUGGGGUGUUGGGUUCUUUGUAAUUUCAGGUCCUUUUGCUUGAGGGACAUGAGAUGGGACAUGGGGUGCCAUUAGCAGAGGCUAAUGUCAGCAUCACCGAGAAAGCCAUAAUCACAUUUAUCCUAAAGGAAAUGAGGAAAGAAAUAUGCACUGAUUAAGUUUCCCAUAAAUGUGAUUGAGAUUCUUGAAAAGUAGACUCAGGUCCUUGGUGCUCUGUUUUUGAAGUAAUCAAAAUGUGUGAAUUGAAAAAGGAUAUUGUGGGAAUUUUGAAGAGAAAUGAAAGCUGCUAGAGCAGGGCACAUAAAAUUUAAAUAACUCUUUUUACCUUGUUCAGGUCCUCUGUGUAAGAGAUUAAUUAUGUUUGAUAAAUUUUUGGACAAAACUGA